UCGGGCGGAGCGCAUUGUGUUCAGCUCUCUCUCUCUCUCCCUCUCUCUUACACACACAUACACACACACACCCCAGCAACUCGUAGUCCUAUACGAUUUCGAGUAACGGAGUGGCGCUGAUCUGUAUUUGAGCCGGGUUUUGCCCGGGUGUAAAGGUUUAAGGCUUUAAGGCGGCGACACUGGAGCAUCGGCGGCUAUUUGCGCUCAUCAUCAUCAUCAUCAUCCUCAUCACACCUCCUGGGUUUGAAAUUUCCCCGUAAAACACACAGUAGGCUGAAUCUCCAGGAGCCGAUCUCCACCGAACAUCCGAGCUCUGCUUGCUGGCUGAGCAAGUAAAGAGGAGUAGAGAGGAUGACUGAGUAUAAGCUGGUGGUGGUGGGAGCUGGAGGCGUGGGCAAGAGCGCUCUCACUAUCCAACUCAUCCAGAACCACUUUGUGGAUGAAUAUGACCCUACCAUAGAGGACUCAUACAGGAAGCAGGUGGUGAUUGAUGGUGAGACAUGCCUGUUGGACAUCCUGGACACAGCAGGUCAGGAGGAGUACAGUGCCAUGAGGGACCAGUACAUGAGAACAGGAGAGGGCUUCCUCUGUGUCUUUGCCAUCAAUAACACCAAGUCAUUUGAGGACAUUCAUCAGUACAGGGAACAGAUUAAACGGGUAAAGGACUCGGAUGAUGUGCCAAUGGUUCUUGUGGGCAAUAAAUGUGACCUUCCAUCUCGCACGGUGGAUACACGGCAAGCGCACGAGCUCGCUCGCAGCUACGGCAUCCCCUACAUCGAGACCUCAGCUAAGACUAGACAAGGAGUGGAGGACGCCUUUUACACACUAGUACGGGAGAUCCGACAGCACAAGUUGAGGAAGCUCAACCCUCCAGAUGAAAGUGGACAGGACUGCAUGAGCUGUCGUUGCGUGGUGUCAUGAUUUAAGCUGACGUCUCCAUAUUAAUAAGUGGACCAAUGGCUCCAUGGGGCAAAAUGGAUUACAGACUCUAAUUACAUCUGGAGACAAAAUAAAAGCCAAGAAAAGCAUUAGCUGCAAAAUGGACAUUAGAAGAAAGACUUUGCCUUGCAGUGACCUCCACUGGCUGUCUACAUCUGCCUAAAAAAUCCCAACUAAUGACAUGUAUUUGUUUGCUAUUCAUUAACUUCCAAGUGCUAAUACUGGGCAGCUCCUGGAUUUCAUCUAAUUUAUUAUCCUCCUAUGUCUCAACACUGGCUUUUACCUGGAAGUCAGGCCUCUGUGUGACCUAAGCAUGAAAAAAUGCUCUUCUCAUAUGAACUGGACACUAAUCGCUUCAUCACAGACACCGUGUUCUCCUCCUCUGCUGUCUGAGGGAAGCAUGCAAGUCUAUACACGAGAAAUCUGCCAACUGCAAAGAUACAGGAUUUCCUCCUCUUUUGACAGUUAGCCAUAUUUGAUCUGCUUAACAUGCUGUUGUUUAACAUGUAACUGUUGUGAAAAAGGGUAUUUGUGGUCAUAACCAUAACCAUGGGAACUGUAAUCAGCUGCAGCACUAGAUACUGUAUGUGUGAUGGAUUUUGUGUAUGUGUUUUAAAGAAAAAACUCUUGAUGGAAAUGCUGAACAGACUGACCGGUUAUUGGAUUCCAAUAAAAAUUAAAUUAAAGGACCCACAAGCUUGGUUAAAGAUCUCAUAGAUUCUUGGAGUUUGAUUUAAUGUAAAAAAGUCAGUUUCAAUUGCCAGAGAUAUAUACAGUAUACUGUAUAAUAGGAUGGGACAAACUGCUGUUGUCUUAACUAGAAAAUAAUAAAUAGAAGAUCUCUUGUCUACUGAUCAAUAAAAUACUUCAUUUUCA